AUGGUUGUUUCAGUCAGCUUAGGGGUUGGAUCUCUUGCGUGGGUGGAGGAUCCUGAUGUAGCUUGGGUAGAUUGUGAAGUUGUGGAGGCAAAUGGUGAAGACAUUAAGGUUGUCAUUAAGACUUCUUGGAUUUAUCCAAAAGAUGAUGAAGUACCACCAUGUGGAGCGGAUGAAAUGACAACGCUGGCCUAUUUGAAUGAGCCAGCCUUCUGGACAAAUUAA